UUUCAAGAUAAAUUAUUUGUGAAAAAGAUCAUAGUCAAUUUCAAACACUCAUAUACCACGCCUACCUGGUGGAUCUACGUCAUUUUCAUGGAUGAAAACAAGCUUCAGAGAAACUUCAUAUUCAUUAUGUUUUUGUUCAUCGCCUUCUUCUUCUACUUCCACAGCACCGCCGUAGUCUCGGCGGCUGCGGCGGCGGAUGGAGAUGAAAAGGAAGAGCACUACAUGCAUGUUGAAGAAAGGAAAACGCCUACAAUCGACGCAGUUAAGAGGAUGUUUUCUUUUUCAACAACGCCUUCCAACUAUUUGACGAGAGUCUUGCACUACUUUUAUCCUCCAAAUUUAGAUUUCCGGGGAGUGGAUGACGAGAAGGCCGGAGAAGAGGGUGCCACGGAGAAGGUAAAACAGGCUGUGGUGAAGAGCAUGGAUAAGAGCAAGACAGCGGCACAAGAUUCUGCUAAAUCAGCAGCAAAAUUUGCAGAAGAAGCUGUGGGAGAGACCGUUAACAAAGUGAAGAGAACGUUGUCUGGCGACCAUGAAGAAGAACUCUGAUGCAUAUUGUGGGAUUUGUUUGUUUGUUUUAUCAAGAUGAUGCAAAGUGAAAACUAUGGGAGUAGACACUAGGCGGUAUACUUGUUGUAUAUGUUUGGCAAGGAUUUUUAAAUUUACAAGUCGAUUAAAUGUCAUUUUUAAUCAUACUCUUUGAAUCCACUACCUUUA